AUGCGCUUGUACUUGCACCAAAUCGCCGCCGGACCAGGCAUCAACCAGGUAGCAAUUGUUACCUCCAGCAAACCGUCAGAGUUUGGUCUAACUGCCGUUACCGACUGGACUGUAAUUGAUGGACCAAACCCCGCUAGUGCCACCAUUGUUGCCCGUACUAAAGGCAUGCAAGUGCAGGCUGAUGUAGCCGGUCCAGGAUGGUUCAACUACUUCAGCAUGGUGUUCGAGAAAAACUCCAGGUCAUUCUUACAUACUUUUGGACCAGUACAAGUUUUAGUUUUAUCACUUCAUUAUAUAGCAUACAUUCUCAGUUAUUGCGAAGGUCUGAAGAUUGUCCGGUUUCAUAUGAUACAUGAUAUUAUCCUGCCAAACUAUGUCAGGUACAAUGGAUCAUCAUUCGAAGCGAUGGGGAUCAAUUUUCAAACAGGCCAAGGCCAGAUGGCCAUUAUGGGUGGGACUGGACAGUUUGCUAUGGCACGUGGGAUCAUCAAGUACAACGCGCUCGCUAACCCCCCUACGUUUCAAACUAUUAAAGAACUUAAUAUCCAUGCAUUCUACGUCAAACCUGCUGACACUACAUCUGGCGCCGCCAUCCAGUAA